GGUACCCGAAGAGAAGGAGGACGCACUGAAGAGGGGCCAGUUCUUCCUGGACAGCAGACUCGGAGGGCUUAUGUAGGGGGAAGGAGUUGCAAGUCAUCCGGAGGUGGGCUAAAGGUCUUCUGGAGGUGCUUGUCCCAGCAGCAGGAUGGCAGGGGUGAAUGGAGACCGCAAAGGAAAGAAAGAUGACAAUGGGAUCGGCACAGCCAUUGACUUCAUGCUUUCCAAUGCCAAGCUUGUUCUGGGGGUGGGAGGAGCAGCGAUGCUUGGCAUUGCAACGCUUGCUGUCAAAAGAAUGUACGACCGUGCCAUUAGCGCUCCCACGAGCCCAACUAAGAUGGAGCCGGGAGGAAAGAGAAGCUGGGAGGAGCCCGCCUGGAUGGGAUCAUCUCCACGAGUACUAAACCAUGACAUGAAGUCCACAGUGAGCAGGUCUCUGCAGUCUCUGCCCACUUCCUCACAUGCAUUUGAACCAGACGGUCCAUGGGGAGGAUUCUUGCUCUUUCUUUACAACUGCCUCCGGAGGGCUGUGGGUCGGGCUGCUGUGGGUGGCAGCGGUGCCACCCAAACAGACCUGUUGCGAGCCCGAAUGCGUCUUUCCCUACAAGAACAUCUGUGGGAGUUCUACCAGAGUAAUGUGAACAUCCCCACUGAGGAACAAGCUACGGCCAGGAGGGCAGCGCUGGACAUCUGCGCAGAGCUCAGAGUCUUCCUUCACGCAAAACUGCCUGAUAUGCCGCUCAGAGAGAUGUAUCUGAGUGGCAGUCUGUAUGACGACCUGCAGGUGGUGACAGCAGACCAUGCCCAGCUGAUGGUGCCUCUCAUUUUGGAGAAGAACUUGUGGUCUUCCAUCCCCGGGGAGGACACUAUCAUGAAUGUCCCAGGUUUCUGGCUGGUCCGAAGGGAGAACCUGGAAUAUUUCCCACGGAACAGCAGCUACUGGGACCGCUGCAUGGUUGGAGGUUACCUCUCCCCUAAAUCAGUCCUUGAGGUCUUUGACAAGCUUGUAGCGGGGUCUAUCAACUGGCCUGCCAUUGGCAGCGUCCUGGACUACGUCAUCCGCCCUGUAGUUCCCUCUGAAACACUGACUCUUGAGGUCCAGUAUGAGACAGACCGAAGGCUGUAUGUGGACUUCCUCCCAUUACUUGUGAUGGAAGAUGGAACAUCACUAAUUGCCAAACCUCAUCGACUCGCUGCAGAGCGUCAUGAAAACCUGUGGCGGCAGAGCUUCCGUGUGGCUGAGACAGCGCGUCUGAGGGCCCUGGAUCAGGAGGACGGAGGCGUCCGAUGCACCUGCCUGAAGGUAGCGAAGGCCGUGUGCAAACUAAACCCCGCUCUUAGCCGACUUAAUGCCAGCCAGCUCACUAAUGCCAUCCUGUUGCUCAGUGAGAAGGAAGGGGACUGGACCCAGGAAGCGCUGGCUGACCGCUUCCUGCAGCUGCUGCGGUCACUAGUGGGCCACCUGGAGGCAGGGAGGCUGCCCUGUGCCCUCAACCCAAAGGUCAAUUUAUUCUGCGAGUUGACUGAACAGGAAGUGGAUGAGCUGGGGUAUACUUUGUACUGUGCCCUGUCAGAUCCAGAAGGGCUUCUGAGAACUCCUCUGGGACAGCCCCCUAACCCCUGACAACGGAAAAGACCAUAUACGGCGAUGGAACACUCAAAAUAUGAAACCACUGUCUUUGUGGUGACCUAGAGCCAUUAUGAGGUUCAUGGAAAGAAAAGUUGCAUGGAAUCAUCCUCUCUGCUAAAACCCAUGCUCUCCUCAUUUCUUACCUCUUCACAAACAUCUGUAAGAAAAGAUAACACAGUUGUUGUCGUUCAGUGUUUGGUUUAAUUCAUGACAUUAAGGCUUUAUGUGAUGUAUGAUCCAAAUAUUUUACUCAAACUAAAGCCAAGGCCCUCUGUUGUUCACGGCUCUCACUAAAGCCAUUGUAUUAAUGAAGUUCUGACUGAUACUGAGUUUAAUGCACAGGGAUGAAUGAAACUCUGCACUGGUUCAUCUACAUGAAAAUGAAUCCAAACAUUUAAUAUUACAAAGUAUUUCAGGGCUUUUUAACUGAGUGUAGAGAAUGAAAAGGACAAACGCACUGUGUCUGCAGUGUAAGGUUACCAUGGUAAUUAUGCUUGCUUAAUGUCAUGUGUGUCCACUGCAUCAAUGGACAGGAUCGAAUGUUGCUUGUUUGUAUUUAAACCUAAUAAAUAGUUGAUCAGCCUGAUGGACUCAACAUUCUUGUCAUCUCACACCUUCACAUAUUUAUUACACCAAACAUUUCCAUUUGAAAUCAGGGUUUUUUAAGCAAACUUCAUUAAUACAGCGGCUUUGUUUAAGAUGCUUUAUGUGUGUCUGGGGAUAUAUGAAAAAGUCUAAUCUGUUUGCAGCUUGCAUGUGUUCUCUACCUAAUCGACAAACCAAACCAGUGAAUAUACGCUGAUGUUGAUGUCUGAUAUGUAUGUUUCCUAUUUCCUCAUCUAAGUGUGAAUCUUACAGGAAGUUGAAUUUAUAUACAUCAACAAAUGGAACAUGCUCACAUUUGUGGAAAUGUGCAGUUACUAAUUUAUUAGUGACCAUUAAAUCUUUUUUUUUUAUCCCACAAUUAUUUUGGCGUGAGCCAAAAAUGUUUCCUUGUGACUGAAUGUUAAUCUGUAAAGUCUAUCAGAUACAGUGCUGCUCUUUGUUUGCAGGAAUGAAAAGGAGCUUUCUUCUCCAGUCCCACAUUUGUUUUUUAGUGCACAGGUCUGAUCUGCUUUAUUAACUCCAUCAUGGGUGUUUUUUUGCAAUCAAAAACACAAGUGACUGUAAUUUGACUUUCUUAAAUGUGUGUUGGUUCUUACUGAUCAGAUCAGAUCACAUGGGCAGGCAGUGACAGAAGCUCUUGUAAAAGUAUGAGGUAAAUUCAAAGGUCAAACCUUCUUUGGUCAAGAUCACCUUCAAAUGCAGACUGUUUUACUGUGAUUUGCAGACAUUUGCUUGAACUGCAUCUGGAAUUUUGUAGCACCUCUGGUUAUUCACCUCCAUUCUUCAGCUUCUCCAGUAUUAAAAACUGAUAAACACAAAUGUAAAUGUUGUUGGUAGCAGUGUCCGUGUGCAUAUUUAAAGUCAACAUUUAACCUGAUAUAAUUUAGAGGCGCUGAUCUGACCUGCUUUGUCUCGACAUUGUAGUGACACAUAGUGUUGCAAAUGUAGAGGAAGUCAGUUGAAAAGGUCUAGAAUCAAAUUUUUAGUCAUUUGUGACUAGUGAGGAUGUCUACCUGCACCCUCUGACAGAUCCAUGUUUAUAUGAAUAGGUGCUCAACUCUUACAUCACAAUCUGCUCAAACAUUCUCACUUGUGUAACAGCAGCUCUGAUGGCCAAGUUUCAGGUGGUAGAUUAGCCUGGCACUCAGUAAAGCUGGAUAAAAUUUAGCUUUACAGUUCAUCAAGUCAGGUCAGUCAGUGCAUUGUGUCAGUAAGUGGAAGUCUAAGAUAAUCCCACAGCUGCUUCUCAUUCUCACUUUUAGCCUUAGAAAAAAAUAUGAACUGUUUCCCCUGUAUGGCCAACCCACUCUUUGUAUAGUGUACGAUAUGGAGGGUAUGGGUUGUGUAUAGUUCUGUUACAUGUUCAGUUAAGAACAAUCAUCCAGAUAAUAAUGGAGAAACAAAACAGGUGAAUAUUUUUGUAUUUAUUGUACAUUUGUAACCAAAAAGAGCAGAAUAAUUUAUUUGAUUUGUUGCGCUUCUUUAAGUGCUUUGUUGUUGAUAUAGUCAAUCCACAGUGGUUCUUAAACCUUUGUGUGCAUAUUAAGCGUCUUCCUUUGCAGACCUGAUUUAUGCUACAAAAUUACUGCUGUGCUGAAGUGAUAGGAGUCACUGUGCCACAUUUGUAAUGUUAUUGUAAAGUAGGUCACUACCUCUCUCUUGGAGUUCAUACUAGCCAUAUGUUGUGUUGCAUGCUGUGUAUUUUGCUCUGGCUUUUUUUUU